AUGGAUUCAAUGACACCAUCCGUGAUGUCCGCUCAAGACAUCCUCAAUGGCACGAAAUGCGAUGGCGUAGAGUUGACCACAAAUCUGUUCAAAGACCACAAGAUGUCUUUGGUUGACGACAAGCACAGGACGGAGAGACUGCAGACAUAUCUGCGGAUCCGUUCGGUGCCUCACUUCGAGCCCACAGACAGACAGCACUACUUCCACGUGAAGGACUCGACCACUCUUGAGGUGAUUCCCCUGAAGGGGUCGAACGCCCAUAAAUCGGGUCAGGAGUCCGACCGAAAACACUAUAAGUUUACGGAAAUACUGGAGGAAAGCGUGGAUCAGAUGACAGUCUACGAGACGUGUGGACUCCCGAUCGUCAGACGCUUCCUCAGCGGACAGAAUGGUCUGCUCUUCGCGUAUGGCAUCACCUCUUCGGGCAAGUCGUACACAAUGCGGGGCUCGACGUCCAGUCCCGGCGUUAUUCCCAGAGCACUGAACACUGUGUUUGAAGUGAUCGGCCAUAAGCUCGAGAAGAAUGUGCCGCCUCUUAAGCCGCAGUCGUUCACCGAAUGCCAGACAUUGAGUGAUAGUGAGCGCGAACUGGAGGACGGCAUCCGACGCUUUAUAUUCACUAAAAGCGACAAAAGCUAUGAAUCGCUGAUGAGUUCGUUUCGGUCGCAGAUUUCAGUUAUCAACGAAAGCAGUCAUCAGUCAAUCGUCUGGACGGAUGUCCUCCACUCGACCUUCAGGAGCGACGACUCUAACAUCCAGUGCUCCGUUUGGAUCACUUUCUACGAGAUAUACAACGAAACGAUCUAUGAUUUGCUGGACUUAGAGGUGACGGGAGAGAGAAAGUCAAAGAUUAUGCUCUUGAAGGACGAGUCAGACAACUACUACAUCAAAGGCUUGAGACAGAUCUGCGUGUCCUCUGCAGAGGAGGCAUACAAAGUGCUGCUCUUCGGACAAAACAAUCUUCACAUCUCAUCCACUAAUCUGAAUAAGAAUUCGAGUCGAAGUCACUGUGCGUUCACCAUCUCAUUGAUCACCACUUUUCGCAAUCAAUUCACUAAGAGAUCAGCCGUUGUUCUCAAUCACCUAUCGAUCUGUGAUUUGGCGGGCGCUGAGAGGAGUGAAAAGGCGAACAAUAGCGGGGAAUAUGGGGAACGGGCCACUCGUGUGAAAGAGGCCGGGAAGAUAAACGGAUCGCUUCUGUCGCUCAGUCGAGUCAUCACAGCCCUCAGACACAACCAGAGUCACGAUCCCUCUAAGAAGCGAUUCGUAAACUUCCGCGACUCGAAGCUGACGAAAGUGUUUCAGCCAUACCUGUGCGGCAGUGGAAUGGCAGCCAUGAUAUCCAAUAUGAAUCCGACCCCCAAUCUGUUCGAUGAAACGCUGUUCGCACUGAAGUUCACAGGCGUUGUCGCACAGGUAGUCGUCAGCUAUGAGGAGCAACGCAACAAAUUCCAGGAUUCGCUCAAAAGACUGACACAGAUGUGGAUGCAGUCAUCGCAGCGGUGGUCGAACUUCGCACAACUCAACUCUCAGAAGCCAUCGAUUUCUAUAGUAAACACCAUUGCAGAGGAAGAUGAGAGUGAGUCGGACGGCGAGAACCUGGACCUCACUAUCGAGGACAUGGAGAUGAAGAUUAAUGAGAUGACGCGAAUGGACUUAAGUCUCGCCGACCCUCAAGAACUCGAACUAUUGAGAACUCAAAUCGACUUUUUGGUGGAAAAACUAAAGCAAACAGAAAUGGAUAAGUUUGAGAUGGAAGUGGUUGUGAGACAACAAGUGGUCUCUGAGUUCAACAAAUUGAUUAAAGACAUGGAAGACAUGGCGGACGACAAGGAUAGGGCUAAGAAGAGUCUCGAAGAGAUGAUGACUCAGAGACUAUUGAAAGCCGAGAAUCUGCAUAAGAAAGAGAUCCUGGAGUUGAGGGCCCGCCUGAACGCCUUGGAGACCGAGAACUUCGAGAUCAGGGAAGACAACUGUCGGCUGAAGGAUGAGGUGGAGAGAGGGCUGACUGAAGUGGAGCUCAUCAACAGAGUUCUCGAAGAUAAGGAGCGACUCAUCAAAGAGCUCGAGCCAUACAAAACAGACGAGAAGUGUUUUCGUGACAUGAAUACGUCUGCCCUCACAUGGGAGUCCUGUUCGACAUCCACUUCCACUCUUAACCCUCAACUAAUUGAUGUGAACUGUUCGGCCAUCCCUUCAGUUGAUACUCAGGAUGCAAACACUUCUGCCGUUGACUUUCAAGACGAACAGAUUUCGUGUGAUAUGUGUGACAAAGGAGUCGGCAAUUCAUUUGUAGAACUCAUGGACUGUCAGACAUCGACCCAUAAUCUGUUGCAAGUGAGCGACAAAUCGACGAGUUUUUCAAUUGAAUUCAACACUAACUCCGUUUCUGUCGAAACAAAUAUUAUGUUAACUGAAGAGAAGGGCACAGAAACUGAUUAUCUGAAUGAAACCUUAAGAGCCGAUAAAUGCAUCGAAACGGACACCAGAAAGUCUUCAGACGUGUGUACUUCGCCUAUGAUCUCAACUCCGAAGGAAACCAUUACUGCCUCCACUUCACCACAAAACGACUUGAAAGAGAAUUUUGUUUGCAAACGAGAUUUCGAAGAAGUGUUACGCAAACUGAAUGCAUACGAGAAAGAGAUCAAAGAAAAGGACGCUAUGAUUGAAUUCAACCGGAAAAUUGUUGUCGAAAGGGAUCAGUCCCUCAAUAAACUCAAAGAGGAAGUCCGCAAACAUGAACUCGAAUUCAAGCCAAAUGUAGACUUGAAUUUGGAACACAUUUUCAAACACUCGAUCCCUUUGAAGACCAGUUCUAUGGCCAGUACUAUAGGCUCUUCGGUCUCCACUUUCACCACAAAAUCAGUCAAAUCUGAAGACUUGAACUCUAUUUCGAGUAUGGAUUCAGUAGUUUCAGAGAAACCCAAGAAAAGCGCAAAAUAUUCGACUCGUAAAAGAAAACCCAAUCUAAACAACUCGAUGGACAAGCGUUACCUUAAAUCAGUGGACAGCAAUCUAGACACAUCUAUGGAACCAAAGUCCUCACAGUCUUCAGUGACCACAAGUGAGCCCAUAGAGUCUGAUUGUAUCGGAGAAGCCGUCUUCUCCUCCAAGAAGUGUCAAAAGAAAGCCAACAAACGAAAGCAAACUAAUAGUUCCGUUGAAAAUGAGGACUACUCAAACAUGAUUUCUGUGUCUAAACGGAAGAGACCUCCUCUCAAGAGCCUCUACUCUUCCCCAAUAUCUCCCAUCCCUUCCGCCGAACGAGUGACCCGAUCCAGGGCUAAGAAAUCAAUAAAGUUUUAAAUGAAUUCCUUCC